UAACGCCUAAACCCUUCGCAUUUGGACACCAGAACCCACAGCGCCACACAAAAACCUCGGACAAUGCUAAGGUGCAAGAGCUUAUUAUCUCAAACCAUAAACAAGAAGAGAAAAAAGAACAAAAGCAAAAACAAGAACAAGAACUCAAACACACGUGUUUCCAAAAAACAAAACUAUGAAGAAGAAGAAGAAGAUUGUGAAGAAGGUUUCAACCUCAAGACCUCAGCUGCUCCUUCACACACUCAUGGGGUUCAACCACUGGGCAAUCUGUAUAUCAACCCGGGUUCUAUCAACUCCAGAAACACUGGCUUAGGUAACCUCCAAACCCUCACUGAUGAGCUUGUUCUUGACAUUUUAGGACUCUUGGGUGGGACCCACUUGGGGGUCUUGGCCACUGUUAGCAAAUCUUUCUAUGUUUUCACUAACCAUGAACCUCUUUGGAGGAACCUUGUAUUGGAAAAUCUGAAUGCUGGGUUUUUAUAUAAUGGGUCUUGGAAAUCUACUUUUGUUGCGGCUUGUUACCCUUCAUUUGAUGUUUCAAGUGUUGGUGUUUCGGGUUUGAGAGUGAGAGAUUUUUAUUCUGAUUAUUUGUUUCAGAGUUGGCUCUGUGCUAAUCUGGAAAUGAAACCUGAAUGGCUUCAAAGGGAUAAUAUUAUACGAAGGAAGGGAAUUUCGGUGGAGGAUUUCGUGUUGAACUUUGAGGAACCGAAUAAACCAGUGUUGUUGGAAGGGUGUUUGGAUAAUUGGGUUGCAUUGCAAAAUUGGGAUAGAGAUUAUUUGCUUCAAUUGUGUGGUGAUGUUCAGUUUGCAGUUGGGCCGGUGGAUAUGAAGCUUCAGGAGUACUUUAGGUACUCAGAUCAGGUGAGGGAGGAAAGGCCAUUGUAUUUGUUUGACCCAAAAUUUGCAGAAAAAGUUCCAAAAUUGGGUUCAGAAUAUGAAGUUCCAGCGUACUUUAGGGAGGACUUGUUUGGUGUUUUGGGCAAUGAGAGGCCAGAUUAUAGGUGGAUUAUAAUGGGACCAGCUGGGUCUGGUUCAUCAUUCCAUAUCGAUCCUAAUUCGACAUCUGCUUGGAAUGCAGUGAUCAGGGGGUCCAAGAAGUGGAUCUUGUUUCCUCCUGAUGUGGUUCCCCCAGGAGUGCAUCCAAGCCCGGAUGGUGCAGAGGUGGCAUGUCCUGUAUCAAUUAUUGAGUGGUUCAUGAACUUCUAUGGUGCAACAAAAAAUUGGGAAAAGAAACCUAUUGAGUGCAUCUGCAAGGCUGGGGAGGUGAUCUUUGUGCCUAAUGGAUGGUGGCAUUUGGUGAUCAACCUUGAGGAAUCUAUUGCCAUUACACAGAAUUUUGUUAGCAGGAGAAAUUUGUUGAAUGUUUUGGAUUUUCUAAAGCGCCCGAACGCAAACGCACUAGUAUCUGGAACAAGAGAUCGGGUGAAUUUGCAUGAUAAGUUUAAGAAUGCUAUAGAAACUUCUUUCCCUGGGACUAUAGGCCAGUUGGUUCAAAAAGCAGAGGAGAAAAAGGCACAGCAGAAACAGUCCUUCUGGGAUUCAGUUACGGAUUCCAAGGUGGGUGCUUUCAAGUUUUCUUUCUAGGCAGACACAUAUGAAGGCUACAAAACCAGACUAAUACUCUGGAAUGAUAGCUGAUUUUUUGGAGUGAAACAGUUUUUGUAUCUGCUUCAAGCUUUCUGAGAGGUGUACCAUUUAAACAAUUUUGACAUUGAUUUUUUGAUGGACAUCAAUUUACAUCAGUACUUUUUUUU